CGCUACACCUUUUCAUGCGCAACAGAGUUCAGGAAACGGAAGCAAGUGCCCGUCCACCGUGGUCUAGCACGUGUAGCCCCAACUCGGUCUCUUUCACACCAACAUGGCUGCUAAGAAGAAGCCAGCGGCAAAGGCCGACAAACCAAAAGCUGAGCCUGUCAAAAAGGCACCAGCAGCACCUAAAGGUGCCAAGGACAAGGCGCUUAAAGCAAAGAAAGCCGUCCUUCGUGGUGUACAUGAUAACAGAAACAGGAAAACCAGGACUUCGGUCAAAUUCAGGAGGCCUAAGACCAUGAAGUUGCCCAGAGCUCCCAGAUAUCCUCGUAAAAGCGUUGCACGAAGGGACAGGUUGGACAGAUACAAGAUUGUGAAGUUCCCCCUGACCACUGAGUCUGCCAUGAAGAAGAUCGAAGACAACAACACUCUGGUGUUCAUCGUGGACAAGCGAGCCAACAAGCCCCUCAUCAAGAGCUCCGUCAAGAAGCUGUAUGAUAUUGAAGUCGCUAAAGUAAACACUUUGGUCAGACCUGAUGGGGAGAAGAAAGCUUACGUGAGGCUAGCAUCAGAUUAUGAUGCUCUGGAUGUUGCAAACAAGAUUGGCAUCAUCUAAGCAGUGGAAACUAUAAAAGGGGAAAUUAAAAAAAUACAAAAGACA